GGAGGAGGAGGAGGUAUCAAGCUAUAUAAGACGACCUCUGGUCAACUGGCAGCAUCAGUUCUCUUCUUCAGAUCCAACAUGAAGCUUGCAGUGAUUGUCCUCUUCUCCAUGGGUGCUCUGGUCCUCGCCCGACCAGACAGUGUCCUAGACGUCGAUCUCGAGGACAUCCUUUUGGACCAGGACAUUGCUGAGGACUCCACUGUUACUGGAUCCUACACAUGGACCGACCCUGACGGCAACCAGCACUUCGUCAAGUACGUCGCCGACGAGGACGGCUACAGAGUCCUGGAGUCUAACGUCGUCCCAGCCACUGCUGAUGGAGUCAGGGCCAACGGGGAACAGGGAUCCUUCGUCUCCCUGGAGGAUCUUGACGACAAAUAAGCGACGAGAGCGACUGGCGUUGAGUCAGAUGACGAUUUCAAGUCGGAGAAACUUCAUUCCAAGUUUCACUCAAGCCUUGUGACGUCGAAGUUGUUUAUUUAUUUGUGAUUUUAGAGAAUAAAAAUGAUCGAGUCUA